AUAGACGCGACCACACAUUUUCCGGUAAAGCCUAUGCCAGGAUGUUUCCUAAGUCAUGUGAUGAGGUCCAAAUACGCCUGGUUGACAGUGACACGCGUGCUUCUGCCUCCGCACGUAACUACGUCGAAAUGGCAGGAGGUGUAAAGAAAAAGUCCCCUGCUCCACCGCAUCGAGUGUUGGCGACUCUUCGUACGCUAUGGCAGGACAAACAUAUGAUAUUAUUCAAGGCGGAAUACACAAUACUGGUGACCUCAGUUCUGUGGUUCUUGGAGAUUGGAGUAAACAUAUGGGUCAUACAAAAAGUAGCAUACACAGAGAUCGACUGGAAGGCGUAUAUGGAUGAGGUAGAGGGUGUCAUCAAUGGCACCUACGACUAUACCAAGCUCAAAGGAGACACAGGCCCUCUGGUAUACCCAGCAGGGUUUGUGUACAUCUUUACGGCGUUGUAUUACAUUACCAACCAUGGGCGGAAUAUCCGCCUAGCCCAGUACCUGUUUGCAGUUUUUUAUCUGCUGACUCUGCUGCUGGUCUUCAGGAUAUACCACCGUACCAAGAAGGUUCCUCCCUAUGUGUUCUUUUUUGUAUGCUGUGCCUCCUACCGCAUCCACUCCAUCUUUGUCCUACGUCUUUUCAAUGACCCCGUGGCCAUGAUGAUGCUGUUUGGGGCUGUCAAUCUUUUCCUGGACCGCCGCUGGUCUCUGGGCUGUGGGCUCUACAGUUUAGCAGUGUCUGUGAAGAUGAACGUGCUGUUGUUCGCCCCCGGGCUUCUCUUCCUCCUGCUCUCCGAGUUCGGACUGAUCAGGGCGAUACCCAAGCUUUCGCUCUGUGCUGCCAUCCAGUUUUUGCUGGGCCUGCCUUUCCUGAUGGAAAAUCCAACUGGCUAUAUUACUCGGGCCUUUGACCUGGGUCGUCAGUUCAUGUUCAAAUGGACAGUGAACUGGCGCUUCCUGCCCGAGUGGCUCUUCCUAAGUCGCUAUUUCCACCUGGUACUCCUGGCUGCCCACCUCAUGGCCCUGCUGCUAUUUGUCCUGCGCCGCUGGAAAAGGCCUGGUGAGAGCAUCCUGGACCUGCUAAAGGAGCCCGGCAAGAGAGUCCUCCCUGCGCAACAACUCAGCUCUGAUCAGAUGGUCCUGAUCCUGUUCACGUCUAACUUCAUCGGGAUGUGCUUCAGCCGCUCGCUGCACUACCAGUUCUACGUCUGGUACUUCCACACCCUGCCUUUCCUGCUCUGGAGCGCAGGGUUCAAGAAGCUGGCCCACCUACUCAGGGUUUUGAUCCUCGGUCUGGUGGAGUUGUCUUGGAACACAUAUCCGUCCACCACGUACAGCUCCGCAGCCCUUCAUGUGUGUCACCUCAUCAUGCUGGUCUCCUUGUGGUUGGCCCCUGUCCCAGCCCCGCCCCCGGCCCCAACCCAGCCCCUGGGCCCAGCCUCCCAGGGAGAGAAGGCCAAGAGUCAGUGAACUCUGUUCCCUGCGACCCUCUCGUUGUCAGGGGUCUGGUCGACCAUUCACCCUGCCCUCUCCUCAGGCUGGCUCUCACCCCUUACUUCACCGUGUCUUGCCCGUUUCCUCCACUCAUGAUGACUGUUGGAGGCUGGGUGUGGGGUUUGUCUUAAACGCGUGGGUUUGUUGCUGCCCGCCUCGCUGAAGCUCGGUUUGUAACGUACAGGUGGGUGAACGGGCUGAGUGAGACUAUGUGGGUGUAUUUGAAUGUGGCAGUCGCAUGCAGGUUUAUGGGGAUGGAAGGAGGCUGAAAAGAGUUAGGAUUCUCAGGUAAAGAAUGAAAUCUAAAUGAGGGUCAGUCUGGUUGGGAGAUGAAAUGCCUACAGUAUAAUACCUUUUAUGGAAGGAUCUCUUACUUCUGGUCUCUUUUUUUUUUAUUUUUAUGUCAACUUCCUUUUGUCCUUUAUUUGUCUUUUUAAGUAUUAUCACUCAUCUGGCUGAUGGUCAACAGUGAGAAACCCUUAGGUCAGGGACACCCAGAAGGGGAAUACAAAUAGAAAUGUAACCAAUGACCAAUAUGUCAUUUUAUCAUUAUUAUUACAACUAUGAACUUUGUGAUCAUUUCAGUUUGUAAUAGUGUAUCAAUUUAAAGGAAAUAUCAUUUUAAAUGUAUAAUAAAGAUCAUGGAAAGUAAAGGAAAUCAAGUGAAUUCAGCCAAUAUUUGUCUAUGAUCUUCUGUGGAAAUACUGUGUUGGGAAUGUCACUACCUGGUUCUGUCCAGUGUCUUCAGAAUGGUUAUCAAUGAAAAGGCCCCAGGUAUGAUCCUCUUACUUCCCAGGAAUGGGGCCCAAAUAUUUUUGGACCAUAGGCCUAUAGUCUCUAGUCAUUUAGUAGCCUAUGAUCCUUGGCCGAAUUGUAAAAUGUUUAUGUAUUGCUGUGCAGUGUGGUCAUUAACACUUGUUGUUUUUUUCAUCGGAUUGUCAGUGGCACUUUUGGUAGUAUUCAGUGCAUGUUUUUACAUUCUCAAAUAAUUCCAUCAUCCAAACCGUUCACUGUACACCUGGAUGUAUGGAUAAAGCUGCCAACGGCUUGUUUUUUCCAAGUCAAUUAGCUCAUUUUUGUGCAGCUGUAAUUUAGUAAUAUUUAAUUUUGGUCUGGUUGGCUAUAGUUUCCUUGCUCUUUUGUUGUGUUUUUCCCACCGGUGUUUCUUAUUCCCACUGCUAAACUGUACUCACUUUGACCCUGAUUUCAUUUGUGUGUAGAUGAUAUCAGAGGUAAUGGGAGUAAACCCAGGUCAAGUUUCUCACCAAACACCAUUUUAAAAUUGACCCAUAUUUUGGUGAAGACUAUCUUAGUUCUGUAUUGUACCAUUCAGGUGUUUAGAACUGCUCUUACUGGACCAUUGGUUGCUAUGAAGAGCCUUGUCGUCUGGGUCUCAGUCUGUAGAGCAUGGUAACAUCAGGAUAGUGGGUUUGAUUCAAGGGACCACAGACGUGGAAAACAUUUAGCUUGGAUAGAAGCUGCUUCUGAAUGGCAUAUAUUAUUAUAUAUUUUUUUUCACUGUUUGUAUUUAACUCCAAAACAGAGUGUUAACUUUUUUACUACUUAAAGAGGAUGGUUUAAAUGUAGCUGUUUUCUCUGAUAAGCUUCUGCCGCCACCUAUAGGGCACAAUAGCAAUAACAGCCUUAUUAGUAGAAACUUUAGUUUUUAUGCCUUUUGUUCUUUCAGAGUGUGUGCCUGUGGGGGCUUGAGUGUAGAGCAAGACCUGUUUCCUGCACCCAGAUUCAGCAUACCUCUGGACAAAACACAGGGACAGUUUUGCAGGCAGAAAUAAGCCUAGUCCUGGACUAAAACUUAUUUUAGUCCAGAAAUAUGUUCAGGGAUAAUUCAGCUGCAUAACAUUCAAAUUGUUUCACAGAAACAACCUUUAAUGUGAGUUCUGUCCUUCUAAGUGUGAACUUUUGAUAAUGAGCUGCCAUUGAUGAUGGUUGCCAGAGAUUAGUGCUUAUAUAUUUGCUUUUAUUUGUAUGUUAGUUUGAUUUGCAUGAGUCCUUUGUGCACACAAAUACAAAGACAUUGGAGAUUGAUUCCAAAGGUGUGUUUUAUUCUGUUGAUAAAGAUGAAAAAUAAAAGGCACAUCUGUGUGAUGAAAUAA